CCAGCUCUCACUUCACAAAACUCACAAAACUCAGUUUAUGAAGUCAUCUAGAGAACAAAACUCAGUACAGAAAAGUCCUUUAAAAGAAAACGAAGCAGAGGGCAGGGGAGGGCAUGAGUCCAGACCUGCCACUGGUACAGACGAACCUGCAGGACAGAAGGACGGAGCUUCAGACCGUCAUGCAGCGCCCAAUUCCCUGCAGGAAUCUGAACCACAAACACAGCCAUCUCUCAUCCCUCCCUGCCCUCCAUCUCCUGCUGAAACUGACCAUGUGAAUCCGAUUACCGUAAAACGACAUUUUUUAUUUUCUACACCACCAGAGGAUGGUCCAACAUCAGCGAAAAGAAGAAAUGACGGCCCUGAAAGUGCAGAAAGAAAUGAGAAAGAAGCUCCGUCUCCAGACGUGUGGAAAUUUACCAUCAUCAAGAUCGAUAUGAAUAAUAAUAUCGUAGACUAUGUGGAUUUAAAAAAUAUUUUAUUUUUUCUCGAAGAUAAUUAUCUUAAUACUCUACAAAAAAUAUUUUCACGAAAUGAUGAAAAUAGCAUUUUUGUAAAUGUAAAAAAUAAAUUUUUGCAAAUGCUCGAUAAGAAAACAGCAGAAUAUAUAAAUAAAUAUGAAAAUAGGCAACAUGCAUUUGUUUUUUUUAAAAGAAAGGGUGUGUCAAAGAGUGAGUUUAUGAUAGAGAUAAAAGGUCCAUAUGUACCAAGGUGUAGGGGAAAAGUACACAGUGAGGAUUUCAUUAUAGAAGAAAUAGAACCAUUGAUAAAUGAUGAUGUAUCAGAAAUAUGGAUCUAUACACUGAAUAAUCCCUGUUUAGGAAGAAAAAAUCACCGUCCCUGCAUGUAUAAUUUAAUUAAGUUUUCUGAAAGAUAUCCUGAUCUAAAAAUGUAUAUCGGAUUUUCAAAAUAUUAUAUAUUUAUAAGUAAAAUCAAUCGUUUUUGUGAACAAGCAGGGAAACAAAUCACGUUUGACUCACGAUUCUGUUUUACAUCAAAAAAUUUAGAUUCAGAUUCAGUAGAAACCUGUAAAGUGCAGAAUGAGAAAGGAGCAGAAACAUCAGCGGAGCUUCUGUCCACACCGAGAGAGAAAAUAAAGGAGAGAAAUGAAAAUAUAGCCGGGAUUAAAUCAGAGAAUGAUGAAAGAGUAGGUCUAAGACUAGGAGAAGAACUGAACCGAUAUGUGGUUUUAACUUUCUUAAACAACUUUCAGGGCCGUUAUUCCAAUUUAAAGUUUUUCCAUCUUCCUUUUAACCAGUGUUUGAAUUCGGCUAAUUCUGACAAUUCGGCUAAUUUGGCUAAUGAGGAAUAAUUGUUAUGCUUCUGCAAUAAAACACGCUGAUGCUUA